AAUCGGAGUCAGUUCGUCGCUGCCUUUAAUCGAAGAUGGAUCGCUGGUCGGGAAAAGUUGCUAUUGUAACGGGCGCGAGUAUCGGUAUUGGGACUGAAAUAACCGAGGCACUCGUGAAAAAUGGUGUCAAAGUCGUCGGGGUUGCAAGACGCGUUGAAAGGAUUCGAGAUCUCGCUGCCAAGUUGAAGGGCCAAAAAGGUUCUCUUUACCCUAUGGCAUGUGAUAUGAGCAAGGAAGAGGAUAUUCUCAAAGUUUUUCAAUGGACCGAAAAGGAACUCGGCGGUGUCGAUGUACUCAUCAAUAAUGCUGGAGUUCUAGUUUCUGAAACUAUCAUCAAUGGCUCGACGGAAAACUACCGAAAAAUCAUGGAUGUUAACGUCAUAGCUGUGGCGAUUUGUGCAAGGGAAGCGGUUUGCUCGAUGAAGAAGCGCAACGUUUCCGGUCACAUAAUCAAUGUCGCAAGCAUCGGUGGACACAACGCUGAGAUCGUUACAGUUCCACUGAGCCUUUACUGUGCGAGCAAAUAUGCGGUGAUAGGCAUGUCCCACUCUUUGCGAAAUGAAUUAACAGCUGCAAAAAUGAGCAUCAAGGUCACGUGCAUCAGCCCUGGAGCCGUGAAAACCGACAUGAUUGUAGAAGCUGGUAUUCCACAAGAGCUGCUCGAGCGAAUGCCCAUACUUACUGGCAAAGAUAUCGCUGAGGCGGUCAUCUACGCUUUGUCUACUCCGCCAAAUGUUCAGGUGAAGGACCUAAUCAUCACGCCCUUGGCACCCCUGAACAAGACGCUCCAGGGCGAAGGAACUGAUAGUCACGCUCCUAUAAACGAUGACCUGGAAAAUGAUCACAUCGUCGAUCGUCGUCGGCAAUCGAAGAUGGAUCGCUGGUCGGGAAAAGUUGCUAUUGUCACUGGCGCGAGCAGCGGUAUUGGGGCUGACAUAACUGAGGCACUUGUCAAAAAUGGUGUCAAAGUCGUUGGGCUUGCAAGACGAGUGCAAAGGGUUCGAGACAUUGCUACGAAAUUGAAGGGCCAAAAGGGAACUCUUUAUCCCAUGGAAUGUGAUCUCAGCAGGGAAGACGACAUUCUCAAAGUUUUUCAAUGGACGGAAAAGGAAGUUGGUGGUGUCGAUAUACUCAUCAACAAUGCUGCCGUCGUCUUCUCAGAACCUAUCAUUGAUGGCUCGACGGAAAACUAUCGAAAAAUCAUGGAUGUUAACGUGACGGCUGUAGCGAUUUGUGCAAGGGAAGCGAUUCGUUCGAUGAAGAAGCACAACAUUUCCGGUCACAUAAUCAAUAUCGCAAGUAUUCUCGGUCACAAUGCUGAGAUCUUCGCAUACCCCAUCAGUCUUUACUGCGCAAGCAAAUAUGCAUUGGUCGGUAUGUCUCAUUCUUUGCGGAACGAACUGUCAGCUGCGAAAAUGAAUAUCAAAGUGACGUGCAUCAGCCCUGGAGCCGUAAAAACCGACAUGAUCGUUACAGCAGGUUUGCCUCGUGAUAUGCUCGAAAAAGUUCCCAUACUUACUGGCAAAGAUAUCGCUGAGGCAGUUAUCUUCGCACUAUCUACUCCACGGAAUGUGCAGGUCAAAGAACUCAUCAUUACGCCCUUGGCACCCCUGGACGAUGUGUUCCAUUGAUUGGAAGCAAAAAUUAGUCAUUAAACUCCAAGUUUCUUUUGUGAAAUUACAAUAAAUCGCAGGUCGAUUGAUAUAAAAAAAAUCAGUUUAAGCAAAGAACAAAUUGAAUGAAACUGCUGAAAAUUUAUGAAAAAUUUAAAA